AUGACACGCGCUUUUGUACCGAGAAAGGGAGCUCCAAAAUCUAGAAGAGGAUGUUUCACCUGCAAAGUUAGGCGUAUUAAAUGUGAUGAGGCGAGGCCUCUCUGUUUCCGAUGUACAAGCACCGGUCGCAAAUGUGACGGCUAUGCCGGCCAAGGUCCACCCUCGAAUCUACCAGAUCCAAACUUGACAGCCGUGACGAUUAACAGCCUCCCAAGCCAGACACCUCAGGGCCGAAGCUUUAAUUUCUUCUGUGCCUGCACACUCCCUAAUAUAUCCCUUCACUUCGGCUCUCCACGCUGGACUCGAUUAGUUCUCCAAGCCAGCAGCUCAGAACCUGCACUCCGACACGCAGCUGCUGCUAUUGGUGCACUUCAUGAACAUCUCGAAAGUGGGAAAACCUCUGCAGACAACUCCACCCCUCAAGGAAACAAGGAUAUCGAAUACGCAACCCAACAAUAUGCCCAAGCUUUGAUCUUCCUCAGCUCCCUCCUCACCAACUCAGAUCAUCGAUCAAUUGAGCUUGCUCUGAUUGGGGCUCUAUUGUGCAUGUACUACGAAGCUCUGCAAGCGAACUUCGAAACUUCACAGGUCCAUCUAGAGAACUGUUUACUGGUCCUCCAGUCACUGUUACCAAGCGAAAGAAGCUGGCUCACACAUACCACCGACAACAGUAUGCAGAUCGAUGGCGACAUCGUACAAGCCUUCGCACGUCUCGAUAUCGAAGCAUCGUGCACUUUGGGCAAACGCUCUCCAGGACUCUGCGUAUCAGAAACUUUACUGGAAAUACCAACAGCCUUCGCCUCCAUCACCCAAGCACGCCAGCUCCUCUACGGUCUCACUAGCCAACUUCACUCCUUCAUGCGUUCCACGGAAGAUGCCUAUAAAACCAACAUGGACCCCAUCCCUCUGCCCAUCAUCGCCGAAGUCAAUCUCCACCAAGCACGACUCAAAGAAUGGGAAGUCUCAUUCUCCGCCUUUCUCGCCGAUCCAGCGACAAAACUCUCACGUCAAGAACAGCAAGGCGCAAAUGUGCUUUCAAUCCAGCAGAAAGUUACGUUUAUGAAAGCUAUUACUUGUUUCUAUGCCGAGGAAACGUUAUUUGAUCAGUUUGACCAAGAGUUUGAAGAGAUUCUUUGUUUGGCGGAGUAUUUGAUUUACUUGUCAAACGGGUUUGAGAGGAAGAGUAGAGGGGAAAGGGAGAAAAAGAAGGUGGUACUGAGUUUUGAUAUGGGCAUCAUCGAAGCACUGUUUUGGACUGCGAUUAAGUGCCGCUGUCACUCGAUCCGUCAUCGUGCGAUUGGUAUGCUGAGAAAGAUCACUUGGCAAGAAGGGGUGUGGAAUGCGGAGAUGAUGGUCGCGAUGGCGGAGAAGUUCGUCGAGAUGGAAGAAGAGCAGAUUCGUGGUAUUGGUGGGAAUCGCGGAAUGAGCGAGAGUGGAAGCAGAGUUCCGGAAUGGUUGAGACUACAUGACCAUGGGUGGGAGAUGAAUUUGAAAGGGAGGAAGACGGAGAUUAGGGCAGGGAGGAGGGAAAAUGGGGUGGAUGGCGAGUGGACUUGGUUAAGGGAAGAGGUUGUGUGGUAA